UUCGCUGGGCGACCGAACGCCGCCGCGAGACCACCACGAUGCAGUUCGAAGGCGCGGGAAUCACGCUCGAGCGCAAUGUGAUUGCUAUGUUGAGCGAAUGCGGGGACAUUCCGCCCAUGUACGAAGACCCGGACUUUGCUGCAAAGCCCAUCUCGUUGUACCUGAACCCAGACAAGCCGCCCGAAUAUGCAACGUCGUCGAAGCGCCCGACAGCGAAUGGAGGCGCCGACGAAGCAGCCUCGGCGAUCGCGUGGUACCGCCCAGGUCAAGUGACGGCCGACCCGGACUAUUUCAAGUGCACCGCUGGAUGUGGUGUGUUGCGCGAGGGCACGGGACUCAACGAUUCGUGGCUCCUUGGUGUGUUUGCCGCGCUUGCGCUUCACCCAGACAACCUGAUCGAGAACCUGUUUGUGUCGCCCAUGCACGACUUCAAGACGUUCGGCAUUUACACGUGCCAAUUCUACAAAGAUUGUCAAUGGCUCGAAGUUGUCACGGACACGCGGCUGCCGUACUCGCAACCGCUCGAGGAGGUCAACGAGCCCAAAACCGGCAGCGCCGUCAUGCGGCCCGGCCACUGGUUGUAUGGGAGCAGCGUGAACAAGAGCGAAUUGUUUGUGCCGCUACUCAUGAAAGCCUACGCCAAAUUCCACGGCAACUACGAAGUCCUGCACAACGGAAGCAUCCUGGAGGCGUUUGUCGACUGCACCGGUGGCAGCGUCAAGAAAAUAGACUUGGCCGACGAUGCCUCGCGCAAGCUCAUCGAAACGGGGCAGCUCUGGCACAAGGUGGUCAAGCACGUGCACUAUAAGAGCGUCGUGACAUGCCAGCUCAAGAUGGCGUCGAUGGCGUACAACGAAGUCACAGGAACUGGCAUCCUCAAGAAUCACUUGUACGUUGUGCAAUAUGUCAAGGAGCUCGGGCCGCUCAAGUUUGUCAAGCUCAAAAACGUGUGGCAAAAAGGGCUCUGGAAAGGGGACUGGAGCAACGACGACAGCAAAUGGGAAGAUAAUCUCCAAGUCGAAGCGGCGUUGCGUGCCGACCCGCUGUGCGAGUUUAACCGCACCAAGGCGGACGGGACGUUCUGGAUGAUGUGGGAGGAUUUUGUCGAGGCGUUCAACGAAUUAUACAUUGUUCGCAACUUUCCGUCUACAUUCCAACAGUACUGCGUGCGGGGAGAAUGGGUUGGUCAGGCCGCCGCUGGGCCUCCCAUGAAGCCCCCUCCGUCGGUCGAGACGAGCUCCGCAAGCGCGCCGUCAGCCCCCUCGGCACGGAAGUGGCUCGUCGAGCCUGAUUCGGAACCGUCCUGGUUCCUGAAUCCGCAGUACCGACUCGUCGUGACCGAGAAGACGUCGGUCGUGCUGUCGCUCUUGCAACGCGACUUUCGUGUGUUUGGCGGGGACAACUUUGGGAUCAACUUUGUGCUGCUGGAAGUGAAGAAGCGGGCGUUGGCAUCGUCCAUGGUGUGGGAGUUUGACAAGACCGCGGUCGUGGCGGAGGGCCACAGCUACCCGUCGGGGGCGGCGGCCACUGCCGCCCUUGGGGACAAGUCUGCGGGCCAUCCCGAGCGUGAAAUCUCCAAAGGCAAUGUCGUUUUGGAGCCGGACGUAGCGUACAUCUUCAUUCCAUAUACCGACCACGGCGGCGUCGAGAUGGAGUUUUUCUUUCGCGUGUUUAGCCCCAAGCCGGUCCAAAUCGACUCGCUGACCCCGCUGAACACGCUGAUCGUACAAGGUCGGUGGCGCGUAGACGAUGAAGGCCACAGCAACGCCGGUGGGCCGUUGGUUCAAAAUUUGACCACAGGGAUGGAAAACCUCACGUGGUGCCAGAACCCACAGUAUGUGCUGCGAUCGUUUGCGGCAUCGAAACCUGUCGACAUCAAGCUUGUGCUCAAGCGGACCGGCAUCAAAGCUACGGCCAAGGGACAUCGCCGUGACCACCAAAAGGACAAAGGCCAGCUGAUUGGCCUCGCCAUCGUCAAGCCAGACGUGGACGAGUCGGCGGCGCAAGCAACGUGCAAGAAAAAACACCCCGAGAAGACCAACUUCUUAGGCGAGCCGCUCUUGUCGCCCACGAAACCGAGGCGGGCGCAAUCCGUCGUCCAAACCAAGACCGCUGAGAACGCCACCCUACCUCCCCGCAAGUUGCUCGUCAAGGCCGACGAGUACUGCGUUUUGUCCGACUACUCCAGCGCCCACGUCGCCAGCAUCUUUUUGCGCAAGGUCCCGCCCGAGUGGCUUGCCAAAGGAUUGCUGGUAGUGCCGUCCCUCGGAGAUGCGCGCGGCGAAGGCGCGUACGACGUGGAAGUUCACAGCGACGACGUGAUCACGAUGGACGAGAUCCCGAAUGAAAUGGUCCAAACGAUUGCCGGCGAGUGGAACGACAAGGUCAACACGGCGGGCGGGAGCCACUUGUGUCCCGACUGGAAGAAGAACCCCAAGUUUUACCUGACCCUCAAGUGCGUCCGGCCUGUAUCGGUCACGAUCAACUUGUACCGGUCCGAGUACGAAUGGCGUGGCAAGUGCAAGAAGGACUCGGUGGGGGCCAUGAUGGGAUUCUACUUGUUCCAAGGCACGAAAGGCACGAGAGACACAUCCACCGUCGUCGUGGAUGGGAAAACGUGGACCGAGACAGACUUUGUGCCACUGCAUCACGUGAGCUCGCCAAAAGAUCUGACGCUCCCGCCCGUCUUUAACGAGUCGUACGUGAUCAUGCCGACAACGUGGGAGCCCAACAAGUGCGGCCGAUUCCUCCUGUCUGUCGAGUCUGACUGUGAGUUUACUUUGCAAGGCGAAAGCGACUCGUAGAAUGCCACGGAAAUGGACGUGUGCAUGUCGAUCCUGGUUCAUGUGUAUAAAAUAGAUAGUUGCAGACUACUAGGAGCUUGCAUUUAGUAGUCCUGUGUUCGAUGGAAUUUAGGAUGCUGG